AUGACGAAAGAAACGUCGGCAAACAACCCUUCAUCAAAUGAACAAAAAACAAUUGAAAUUGUUGCUAAUCCUGCAUUUAUUACAUGGAAAUACCCUCCAUAUUGUGAACUCUGUAAUGUUCAUUUUAAUGGUGAAUCAUGUUCGAAAAUGCAUUUCGAAGGGCAAAAUCAUAAAAAUCGAUUACACAUAUAUAGGGAAUAUCAAAAUCCAAAAUUAUCUUUAAACAAUUCAAAACCAUUUCUAUGCGAUAUAUGUUGGAAAGAAAUGAAUUCGCAAAAAAUUUUGGAUACUCAUUGUACAAGUCCUGCUCAUGAAAAAGAAGCAAAAGGACGUUUUAUUGUACAAAAAUUAAAAGAAGAAUAUAGACAAUUAAAAGAAGCCAAUAAAACAAAAUAG